GAGAAGAGGAGUAAGACAGAAGAGAGAGCAAGAGAGAGAAAGAGAAAGACUGAGCGAGAGAGAAGACAAACAGAAAGAGAGAGAGAGAGUGAGAGAGGGGGCUGGUAGAGAUGAGGAGUGUCUGAGAGUGCUGGAUUGCGUUUUUUAUGCAGAUUGAUCGUGAUUGUUAGCAGCGGCGCCCUGGAAGAAGAAUGCUCUUUUUUGUAGGACACAGUGGGAUCUGGAUGUUUUCUCUGUUUUCCAAAUGGAAAGUCUGUCUACUGGCUCUUCUCUUCCACCUCCUUCAGCUCUACUGCCCACUGACAGCCUGGCACCAUGAAUCCAGGGCUCAGGAGGAUAAGUGUCCAGGCCCUCGCUGGAACGUCAUGUGCCGCUCAUGCUGUGAGUAUGAGCGGAUUGCCUGUAAGUGUCCAUCUCAAGGAACAAAGGUAGGCUACGCUGUGCCCUGCUGCCGCAAUGAUAUCCACCAGUGUGACCCCUGCAUCAUCCACCAGGGCUGCAAUGUGUUCGAUAACUGUAAAAGGUGCAAUAAUGGCACGUGGGAGGCAAAGGAUGAUUUCUACGUCAGUGGCACUUACUGCACUGAGUGUCGUCAGGGCUGGACUGGAGGAGCCUGUCUCACAUGUGGAGAAGUUAUCAGGAGGCCUCAAGGUCAUGUGAUCCUAGAGAGCUAUCCGAUCAAUGCCAAAUGUGACUGGACGCUGCAUGUCAGCAGAGGAUUGACCAUGGAACUCAGGUUCACAAUGCUCAGUCUGGAGUUUGAUCACAACUGUCGCUAUGAUUACGUCGAGGUCCGAGAUGGAGACAGCCUUGACUCGCGCAUCAUUGCUCGAUACUGUGGGAAUGAUAUCCCUUCACCAAUCAGGAGCUCAGGAGACUCUUUACACAUCCGCUUUGUGUCAGAUGGCUAUAACAAUUACGAUGGUUUCUCUGCCACAUUUCAGGAACUCACAGCGUGCAGCUUCUCUCCCUGUAUGAACGACGGCGUCUGUUCACUGGAUCCAAUUAAGACUUUCCGCUGCGCUUGCCGACCCGGCUUCACAGGCGCGCGCUGUGAAAACAAUCCCUCUGGCUGUGUACCCCCUCAGAAACCUGCCCAUGGGGAUCUUUUCCUGCAGUAUGAUGAUGGAGACAUUGCAACUUCAAUUCAGUACCUCUGCUAUAAGCCCUACAAACUCAAGGGAGUGUCCCGGAGAAUGUGCCUGCCCAAUGGUAAAUGGAGCGGGACGGCUCCCACGUGUGUUAAAGAGGCAAAGCCAGCCAAAAAAGUCUGUACCUCUCUGCCACAACCACAUCUUGGCUUCUCCAAACAAAAUUUGGCCUCAGAUGGUAAAAUAAAGAGUGUGCAGUUCUUUUGUAACAGUCCUUAUGUCCUGAGUGGAAGCUCAAAGAGAAUGUGCCAGCGGAAUGGAACCUGGAGUGGCACGCAGCCCCAGUGCAUCAAAGCUUGUCGUGAACCAAAGGUUUCGAAACUAGUGCGUCAGAAGGUGGUGAAACCUCUGUCUCCUUCCAGAAAGAGUCCUCUGCACAAGCUGUAUUCUUCCUCCCAGCCGACAACUGCUGAUGAAGAUAGCACUGAUAGCACAGCUGUAUUACCUGCUGGCUUUCACUACCUCUACACCAGGAUUGAGUAUGAAUGUGCAUCUCCUCUUUAUCAGUCUUCUGGAAGUACACGCCGUACCUGUCUGAAGACUGGCGAGUGGAGUGGACGCCAUGCGUCCUGUUCACCAGUAUGUGGUAAGCUUGUAUCCAAACCCCAGUCCCUGGCUGAAACCCGCUGGCCAUGGCAUGUGGCCGUAUACCACCACCUCCCUGACCAUGACAGCUUCCUCCUAGGGAGGACCAAGAGACGGGGGGACACAUUUCCUUUAGUCGAUUAUGAUGAUUCUCAGGAGAACGUUGCGGAGGAGCAGUCGUGGCAGCUGGUGUGCAGUGGAGCUCUGGUCAGCCAGCAUGCUGUACUGCUGCCUGCACACUGUGUAACAGAGCCUGGACAGUCACUGCCUUUAAGCACAGCUGAGCUAAGAGUGGUGCUGGGAAAACAUUACCUCAGUGACCUGAGAGACAGCAAGAGGCUUCAGCACAUGCAGGUUUUGGAGAUCCUGGUUCAUCCCAACUACGAUCCUAAUGUAUUUGACUCGGAUCUGGCUAUACUGAAGCUGGCAGACAAGGCGAAGAUCAGUGGGUUCAUUUCCCCUGUGUGCUUGCCUCGUCUGCAGGGAGGCGAAGUGAUUGCCCAACAGGCCUACAUCACUGGCUGGUCUAUAGCAGGCCAGCAUGAACCAGCUCCAGACACAGACUCCGAAGUGUCUCGGACCGGUCUUGUAGAACUGGCUGAUGUGGCGCAGUGUGAAAGACAGUAUGCUCAAGAAGGCGUUUCCAUUAGCGUUAGCGAUAACAUGUUAUGUGGGAGGCAACAUCCUAUCAGCUCUGCCACAGUUUGUCCUGCCAGAACAGGGGGCAUAGUUCUUUUACCAACUGACACCCGGACGACUUCAGGGUCUAUGCUCCCUGACCAGAGGAAUGUAAAAGUCGGUGCGUCUGACCCAAGGUGGGAAUUGCUGGGCCUGGUGAGUUUUGGCUACAACCUGCAGAAUUGUAAUCCAGGCUUGUAUACAGUCUACACACGAGUGGCCAACUUUAAGAACUGGAUUGAGAAGAACAUUAAGUAAAGUUCUACACUAAAUGUACAGAUUUGCCACGGUUUGGAUCAAGGACAAUGGUGGUGAAAGCCUUUGAAUUUACAUGGGUACGUUAAUAUGCUAAUUUAUGGUUUUAUAAGUUAUAAGACAUUGACAAGCACAUUCUGGGUCAAUCUUAGCUUCCAGAAUUUGCUAAUAGUUUGUAAAAGCUAUUCUUUCAUCCCAUGCAAAUUUUUCCUGUGCCACUGGCUACUCCUCAACCUCAAGCAUAACAGGUCCACCUACAUGCUUCACAGUUGGCAAGGUGUUCUUUUCAUCAAAUGCUGCUUUUUUCUCCAAACAUUCCUUUUGUGAUUGUGACCAAACUGCUCCAUUUUUACUCUGUCAGUCAACAGCAAGUGUCUCGCAGGUAAAGUUUCUUUCAUGAACAAAAUUGGUGUCCACUCUUUGGGUCAGGAAAACAGCUUCAUUAAAGGGCACAUGUCUUACAUUUGUCAUGUAAUUUAUUUUUUUCUUGAGUGCAUUUAUGGCUUUUUGUAUCAAAAGCAGUCCUAAUUCAUUUUAUAUGAUCCAUUCCCAACCUCUUUUUAUCCCUUGGAAGUAAACGGCUUGUUAACCUUCUUUUAAAACU